AUGGCAUCCAACAAGACUUCGAUGGCUGGACAUCUGAGGAAGUGUCACGGGGAUAGAUUUAUAUGCCGGGCCAACGAUUGCAUGUUUGCAGGAUCAAAGGGUGACGUUGAUAGUCAUCUGAAAGAGGUGCACGGGUAUUUGGGGUGCCCCGAGGCUGCUUGCGACUUCGUGAGCCGCCACGAGGGUGCGCUUUCUCGUCAUUAUAUAAAAGCGCACGCGAGAAGAUUGCGGGAUGAGAAGUGCCGAGCGAACAACUGCUCGUUUACAGGAUCAAAAGAUGAGGUAAAGCUCCAUAUGAAAGAGGUACACAAGUACCUCGAGUGUCCCGAGGCUGGCUGCGACUACAUGGGACCCAACAAGAUUGCGCUUCAUCAGCACCAAAAGGGUAUACAUGGGGAAAAAAUGCACUGUCCUGUAGCUGGUUGCGAUUGGGAUGGAACCGCACGUAACUUUCUUCAUCAUAAACACAAACAUGGUCCGACAUACAAGUGCCCAGAACCCAACUGUCCUGUCACGCACACCGCAGUACUCCUGAAGAAACAUAUCCGAAGGGCACACGCGAGACCCACAUUCACGUUGGAAAUGGUGAGGAAGUGCGAGGUGGCGAGGCAAGCCAAAGAUCAUGAAGGGUUGGACUGGAGUAUCAUUAAUGAUGCUGAUGAAGACGAAGAUGAUGAAGAUGAUGAAGAUGAUGAAGAUGAUGAAGAUGACGAAGAGGACGGAGAGGACGGAGAUGAUGAAGAUGACGAAGAGGACGAAGAGGACGGAGAUGAUGAAGAUGACGAAGAGGACGAAGAGGACGAAGAGGACGAAGAGGACGAAGAGGACGAAGAGGACGAAGAGGACGAAGAUGACGAUGAAGAUGACGAUGAAGAUGACGGAGAUUAUGAUGAUACAGUACGAUAG